AGCCUGAAAGAUAUGUGGCCAUGAAAUAGGGAUUAAGUGGAACAGAAUUGACUGGGUGGUAGAGUCGUGGAAACACCUCCUUCUUCCAUAUUUUGGACACGGAACAAUAUGUUACUGCUGAAACAUGGAAGAAUUGAAAUCUUAGAUCCAUGAUCUCUGGGACAACUCUUUUUGGAUUUCCAUAAUGUAUAUUUGCUUUUUGAAGGGAGAGGUUAGUUAAUUAAUGAAUCAAUUACUUGUUUUUAUUGAAUUAAGAGGGCUUGUUCUAGGUUUUGCUGCUACAAGAUUGCUUGUGUUAAUCAAUUAAAUUUUGCAUUAGCUCAACUGGCAUAUCUGUAUUUCCAUCUCCUUAGUCUGUAUUAUCAGAAAUACGUGCGAAAUUGUUUGGUCAUGAGGUCCAUGAACUUUCUUACGAGACUAACUAGAACUUCUAAUUCCUUCAUUGAUACAAUGAAAAGCCAUUGCUUUGAGUUUCUAGAGCUAUGAUUUAUAUAUAUCCUGGUAAAAAAGUAAGAUGUUGGGAGAAUAUACCUUUUCUUGUAUGUUGUCAGCUAAUUUAUUUAGGAAUUUUCCUUAUUGGAUUUGUUCCAAUGUUGUGCUUGAAUAACCUUUUCUUGUAUGUUGUCAGCUAUAUUCACUGCACUUUCUGCUUCAAGUCCUCGUGCUGAUGUUGCUGAUCGCAUACAUGGCCUUACCAAACGUCUUGCUAAAACGCAUAAUUGGACGGUAUGUUCUUGAUCAUCUUGCUGACAUCAACUUCUUACUAUUCUCUGCAAAGCUUUGAGAGAUUAUGCAAGGUGGUUAAAAUUAACAGCGGAAUGGCAGUAUAUAUCCGAUACCCUUAUCCCAAUUUUGAGGAUUAAAGGGAGAUUGAAAAGAUGAAAGGAAUGGCUAAUGGACUUGUGUGUAACGAGGAAUAUUCCUUUUGGACAGUGAGGAUAAGAAGCCUAACUCGGUGUUGCCCUUGUAGUCCCAGAAGCUUUUCAGCCAUGCACCAGGCCCCUCCCCCAGGUUUGGGGUGUUACAAUAUAAUUCCGAUAGAAGUUGCAGGUUCUUUUUUCAAUGGCUUGUAAAAUUGUUCUGCCCUUUCAUGAAAAUCUUGUUAUUCUGUCAGGGUUUGGAUGAGUUUACUCCAAAAGCACCUGAACUGGAUGAAAAGAAUUCCCUUGCACUCGCUAUUGCUCCUUCUGGCUGGUGGACUAGACAGAUUAACACUCGAUAUUGUAUUCAAGAUAAUGCGAUGGCUAGAAGACUGAAUCAGAAGAGUGCAUAUGACAUGGGGCAGGUGCCCCCUAAUUCUUUUGAUUCUGAAUAUCAGAAUCAGGAUCCAUUUUAUGCAUCCAGUAACACUGCACUGCCGCAACUCUAUGGCAGCCAUGAGCCAAGAACAAGCUUUCCUGGUAUGGCAGCAGCAGUCAAAUAUGGUUGGCCAUGAUCCAGCUAAUCCUUCUUGGGAAUCCCUUUGAAGUUCAAAAGCCGCAACUCUAUCCAGCUCAAAGUUCAAACCAUGGCUUAAUUUAGAGAGACAGGAUUAACGCAUUUCGCUCCAAAAGCUUUUAGAUGCCAAAGCAGCGGAAUGACAGGAGAGGAGCUGACAGGUUUUAAUGCGGAAACAGUCCUCCUUUUCAAUGGUUGGGCCACUUUAGAAGUACGAAGUAGGGAAAUUGCAGUUUACGGAAAUGAACAGUGAUUUACUAGGCCGCUGUAUAGUUAACUUAAUGAAUUAAAAAAUAAUUCAGUGUUAAAAAUAUAAUUUGAG